GGAACAGUUCCACCACGGACACAUUAUGUACAAGGACUCGGUUGUGUUUACACGUGAGGUUUCGCUCAAGCUUCUGUACAGAAAAGUGUCAAAAUAUCAAUGACAUUAUUUGGACACUGAAAAUCAACGGUAGCGAUGGGCAACCUGAGAAAGAAACACAACUGGAAAGGAAGACAGAAAGGCAACCCUAAACAAGCAGUAAACGUAGAAAAAAAUGAAAUCGCCAUCGAAAUACGAGAUGGAGUCAGACUGAAGGGUGUCGAUGAGAGCAACGCCUUGGUGCUCCCAGCCAACAAAGCCAAAAAGAAGAAAUGUUCAGUGCCUCCUGUUUCCACCAAGAAGCCUCUCACUAAGAAGCAGAGGAAGGAACUGGAGAAAGUUCUACAGAAGAAGCAGAAGAAAGCCCAGAGGGCUGACAUCCUGACCCGACUGGCGGAAGUGCAGGUUCCAGAAUCUGAACUGAAGCUACUGUACACAACAUCCAGACUGGGUCUUGGGGACAAGAUUUACCACACUAAGCAGUCAUCGGAUGAAGUAAAAGAUGAAGUUUCUGGCUCAAAGAUCAGCAGUGUCAGUGGGGCCAACAGGAAGAGAAAAUGGAAAGAAGAAGAAGAAGAGGAGGCGGAAGAAGCAGAGAGUAGUGAAGGUUCAUCUGAUGAUGAUGAUGAUGAUGAUAAUGAUGAUAACAAGGAGAAGGAAGAUGAUGCGGUGGACAAAACCGCAGAAGCAAGUGAGUGCAAGGAAAUAAGCACUCUGAGUGAGGACUCCAAAGAGGAGGUCAAAGAAGCACAGGAUGAGAAGAAGCAGUUGAAUAGGAUGUUGCAGCCAUCUGUCUUCAUCCCAGUUGAUCGAUUACCGAAAAUACAGGAGGCUCGUUUGAAGCUGCCCAUCUUGGCAGAGGAGCAGGUGAUCAUGGAGGCCGUGAGCGAGAACCCCUGUGUCAUCAUCUGUGGAGAGACGGGAAGUGGAAAAACUACGCAAGUGCCUCAGUUUCUGUAUGAAGCCGGCUACGGCAGUGACACAGGCAUCAUUGGUAUCACUGAGCCAAGAAGAGUAGCAGCAAUCAGUAUGUCCCACCGAGUGGCAAAAGAGAUGAACGUGUCCACACGAAUGGUGUCCUAUCAGAUCCGAUAUGAGGGGAAUGUGACUGAUGAAACCAAAAUCAAGUUCAUGACAGAUGGUGUUCUUUUGAAGGAGAUCCAGAAGGAUUUCCUGCUGCAGCGUUACAGCGCUAUCAUCAUAGACGAGGCCCACGAGCGAAGCGUGUACACAGACAUUUUGAUCGGACUGCUUUCUCGUAUUGUUCCACUGAGAAACAAGAAAGGUUUGCCCAUGAAGCUGCUGGUGAUGUCAGCUACUCUGCGUGUGGAGGACUUCACCGACAACCAAAAGUUGUUUAAAAUGCCCCCACCCACCAUUAAAGUGGAUGCACGCCAAUUCCCUGUCACCAUACACUUCAACAAACGCACCCCACUAGAUGAUUACACAGGAGAGGCCUUCCACAAAACCUGCAAGAUUCACCGGAUGCUGCCUUCAGGGGGUAUCCUGGUGUUCCUUACCGGUCAGGCCGAGGUUCACAGCCUUUGCAGACGACUGAGAAAAGCGUUCCCUUUCAGGAAGGGCAACACAACCACUGGCCAUGAUGAGGAGGGGGCAGAUCACUCAGAGGCAGGGAAAAAGUUCAAGAAGGCCAAACAUAAGAAGACAAUUUCACUGCCUCGUAUCGACUUGGACAACUACUCUGCUUUGCCUGUGGACGAAGGAGAUGAGGACAGGGAAGCAGGCAUUGCAGAAGACGAGGACGAAGGCUCUGACCUGGACAUCGGAGAUGAUCCCGGCGACACAGAAGAGAAGGCUGACCCGUCCAUCCCCAUGUACGUCCUCCCGCUCUAUUCUCUUUUGGCUCCUGAACAGCAGGCCAAGGUGUUCAGGCCUCCUCCUCCUGGCACUCGUCUGUGUGUGGUCGCCACCAAUGUUGCUGAGACCUCGCUGACAAUCCCUGGCAUCAAAUAUGUGGUUGACUGCGGGCGGGUGAAGAAGCGUUUCUAUGACCGUGUGACGGGCGUGUCCUCAUUUAAGGUGACUUGGACCUCGCAGGCCUCAGCCAAUCAGAGGGCGGGUAGAGCUGGGCGAACGGAGCCGGGACACUGUUACAGGUUGUACUCGUCUGCGGUGUUUUGCGACUUCAGUCCAUUCUCUGAAGCAGAGAUCACUCGCAGGCCUGUAGACGAUCUUGUCCUGCAGAUGAAAGAUCUCAACAUAGAAAAGGUGGUCAAUUUUCCUUUUCCCACUCCUCCGCCUAUUGAAGCUCUUGUUGCAGCGGAACAGUUGCUCGUCUCCUUAGGAGCACUCAAACAGCCGCCUCGCAUUGGGAGGGUAAAAGAGAUGGAGCAAGCCAGGCUGAGCUCGCCUAUUACGCCGCUGGGCAGAGCCAUGGCCUCUUUCCCUGUCGCGCCGCGCUACGCUAAGAUGCUGGCGCUCGGCAAGCAGCAGGAGUGCUUGCCCUACGUCAUCGCCUUGGUCGCUGCCAUGACAGUCAGGGAGCUUUUCGAAGACCUCGAUAGACCUGCAGGUAGUGAAGAUGAGAACUCCAAGCUCUCCCAACGUCGUGCUCGUCUGGCCCAAAUGAGGAGGUUGUGGGCAGGGCAAGGGGCUUCACUCUUGCUUGGGGAUCUCAUGGUCAUGUUAGGUGCUGUCGGUGCGUGCGAAUUCACCGGCUGCACGGCCAAAUUCUGCGAAGACAACGGGCUGAGAUACAAAGCCAUGGUGGAGAUCAGGCGGCUCAGAAGUCAACUUACUAAUGCAGUGAACGCUGUGUGCCCAGAGCUGGGCAUGUUUGUCAACCCCAAGAUGAGUCCGCCUACAGAGCACCAGGUGGUGUGCUUGCGACAGAUCACUUUAGCAGGACUCGGGGACCAUCUGGCAAGAAGAGUGCAGGCGGAGGAAUUGUUAGAUCCAAAAUGGAUAAACGCUUACAAGACGCCGCUUAUAGACGACCCGGUGUUCAUUCACCCGACGUCGCCACUAUUCAAAACACUUCCUGAGUUUGUCGUCUACCAAGAAAUCUUGGAGACUACCAAGAUGUACAUGAGAGGUGUGUCCGCGGUGGAAGCCGAGUGGGUCCCCCAGCUCCUGCCACAGUACUGCCAUUUCAGCUCUCCUCAGGAGACACCGCCACCGUGGUUUUGUUCCUCCACAGGCACCAUUCGAUGUCACCGCUCAAGCACCUUUUUCCGAGUGGCAUGGCAGCUGCCUGCUGUGGAGAUGGAAUAUCCAGACGGUCUGGAGCGAUACAAACUGUUUGCUCAGUUUCUUCUUGAGGGACAGGUGUGUCCCAAACUGAAGGCCCACAGGAGUCAUCUGCUGUCCAAUCCAUCCAUCAUGAUGAAAAUGUGGUCUAAGCUGCAGCCCAGGACGGAAGCCGUGCUUGGGGCUCUCGUGUCACAGAGAGUCGACUGCAGAGACGCCCUGCUCUCCCUGUGGAAGACUGAAGAUAAAUUUCUGCUGUCUCCUUACUGUCAGUGGCUACCUGAGGCAAUGCAUGAGGACAUUGCCAAGAGUUGGCCUCCGCUAUGAAAACUGGCCUGAAAAAAACGGAAGUGUGCAGAAGACAAGAAUGACCAUUUUCACUACUCUGUAUUUUUGUACAUGCAUCUUGUGGUAAAACCAUCUGUUAGGACUCAGAUAAUUAAUUGUGCUCCUGUCAACCAUGUGCGUUUGAUUUAGUCUUCAUAAGACUCAUUAAA